AUGGUAUGGCCAUUCAAUAAAAAGGAAGAGUCCAAAGAAGAACCUAAACCAGUUGAAUCUUCAUCUUCAUCAAUUCAACAAACAAGAAGAUCAUCAGCUCCAAGAUCAGAACAACCAUUAUUAUUAGAAGAUACAGAACCAAGAUUCAAUAAUGGUCCUGCAAACCCAAUAAAUCCAUUAAAACAAGCAGUUGAUACAAUCAAAGCUGAUGAUUUUAAACCAACUUCUUUAGUUAAAAUACCCUGUUUAAGAGAAGCUUUAAUGACUGGGAUAUCUGCAUUAGGUGUCCUGGGGGCAGUUAUAUUUAUUGCACAGAAAAAUGCUUCAAAAGCUGUUAAUUGGGGUGUUGGUGGGUUUUUAUUAGGUAGUACAGUAUCAUGGGAACAAUGUAGAAGUAAAAGAAGAAAAGAACAAGCAUUUGCAGCAAAAGCUAGAGAAGUUGUUGCAAAUAAAGAAAAACCAAUGUUACAUAAACGUGAUGAUGAAUUAAAAGAAUCUGGAAGUAGAGAAGAGGCAAGAAGUUGGUGGAAACGUUAA